UGCACACAUGCACCAAACACCUUCUCAUAUCAAGUAGCACGAUGCUGAUCUUAAAUCACAUUCAAAAAUCUCUUAUAGAAGCUCACCAUCACAUUCCUACCAGCUGCGAUCAAACAUUGUAUCAGUGGCGACUGAGGACAAAGAACAGACCACUCAUCUCAUGAUCAGGGGUGUAAUAACACUAUGAAGACUUUACUCAGCUCAACAAAGAAGGGCCUCCUCCUCGUUUUUCUCUGUGUUUUACCGCUGUGGCUUCUUAAUGGAUGGCCGGAAGGAUUCCAGGCCCUGACCGCCAUAAAUCAUUCCAACUCCCAUAACUGUAGCAGCAGUAGAAACGUCACCAUCCUGCUGUGGUACUGGCCCUUUGGCAGGUCAUUCAACCUGAGAGGUGACGUGUGCUGGGACCUCUACCGCAUCCCUCGCUGUAGACUGGUGGACCAGCGCUCCUUGUUCCCCUCAGCUGAUGUGGUGGUGUUCCACAACACAGAGCUGGCACUGGGACGCCAAAAGCUGCCCCUUGACCUUCCACGGCCGCAGGGCCAGAGGUGGGCUUGGAUGUCCUUGGAAGCCUCUAAUAAUAAGAGAAAGUUGCAGCAGUAUGCAAAUAUCUUCAACAUGACCAUAACCUACCGGAGGGAUGCUGAUAUCACUGUACCCUAUGGGGAGCUUCUACCAAAGGAGGCUGAAGGACAUCUGGUGGAAGAAGUCCCUCUGAAUAAGAGCUUCCUGGUUUGUUGGGUGGUCAGCAACUACAUGAGUCACCACAAAAGAAGCAAAUUGUACAAACAGCUCAAUGGCUUAGUUCCAGUGAAGGUUUACGGUCAUUGGACAAAGACACCCCUUCCCUCCAGCAGCCUCUUACCUACAAUCUCUCGCUGCUACUUCUAUUUGGCUUUUGAGAACUCCGCCGCCAAAGAUUACAUCACAGAGAAGCUGUGGAGGAAUGCUUACCAAGGCGGGGCUGUGCCUGUGGUCCUGGGACCGUCAAUAGGCGACUACAAAGCUGUGGCUCCACCUCAUUCUUUCAUCCAUGUUGAUGAGUUUGCAUCGGUCAAAGAUCUAGGAAAGUAUCUACAACAGCUUGCAGAAGACAAAAAACGCUACAGUGAAUAUUUUUCCUGGAAACAUGAGUGGAGAGUAAAGCUGUACACAGACUGGAGGGAGAGACUGUGUAAGAUCUGCUCACAGUACAACUGUUUACUUCAGGAGAAAGUUUACUCCAACCUAGAGGCCUGGGUCAAUAACACUUGAGCUUACAUAAUUGUGAUUAAUGUGUCACUUACCACAUUUUUGAUUGGUUAAUAAUUAGCAUCAUUGACAUUUAGGAAACCUUGGCCAAGGACACUGUGGAAAUGUAUAUGCACACAACUAACAUGCUUGAACUAACUUUACUACAUAUUAAGAACAAUGGGCCUCAUUCACCAACCGUUCUUAAAUGUGUUCUUAAACC